CGGAAAGCAGUUCACCUUCUACACUCAUAAGAGGGGUCCCAACGGAUGGAAGGUGGCCAUGGUUCUGGAAGAGCUCGGCCUGACGUACGAGUCCAUCUACCUUGACUUCCAGAAAGGCGAGCACAAGGCUCCUGAGCACACGAAGCACAACCCAAACGGGCGUAUCCCGACCAUCAUCGACCAUAAGAACAACGACUACACCUUGUGGGAGUCGGACGCGAUCCUGCUGUAUCUCGUUGAGCGCUAUGACCCCGAACACAAGGUCUCCGUAGCCGACGCGGGCGAGAAGUUCCACCAGCUCCAGUGGCUGUUCUUCCAGGCCUCAGGCCAAGGCCCGUACUUUGGCCAGGCGGCGUGGUUCAUACGCUACCACAGCGAGCAGCUGCCCAGUGCGCAGGAGCGCUACAAGAACGAGAUCAAGCGUGUGCUCGGCGUGCUCGAGAGCGUGCUGUCGAAGCAGGAGUGGCUAGUCGGUGGGAAGGCGACGAUAGCAGACUUGUCCUUCAUCCCCUGGAACGACAUCGCGAUCCCCGCAUUCACUGACUUCGACUUUGCGACCGAGUUCCCGGCUACCGCUGCCUGGAACAGGAAGCUUCACGGGCGGACGUCCGUGAAGAAGAUCCUGGAGACGCGUGCGGCCGUGAAUGCGGCAUAGAUACUGACAUUGAACUCGUUGUACCGUUAGUCUAAGGACAAGAAUCUGAGAAGUCGCGAGUUAGCUAAAAUCGGAAGGAUUCUCGUUGAAACGUUGACUGACGACUCACUUUUAGCGACAACACAACUCGAGAUUGGGGGCGUCGAUGGUGGUGCAAGGCAGGCAAGAUGUCGCAGGGGUCAGGUAGCAAAGGGCCACGCCACGAAGUUUGUUCCCACGGCCACUUAUGCCUGCCCUAAACAUCUGCCGCAUAAAUUUGCGUUCCCGACGUCGCUGUUUCCUCAGAACAUACUCGACUAGGAUCUAUUUUAUAGUUUCUGACUUGAGUAUCGCAUGUUUACUCAUGCCACAUCCUUCAAAUCCAGUCGAUGACACUCGCGUCCGCCCGUCAUACCGAGCACAUGGUCUCCGCCUUCGGGCGGUGGUCGCGAGGACGUUUGACCUAUGUCCUGUGCGCACUGGUACCAGUCGGACGGGGUGUUUGUCAGCGAGUGGGACGUCAGUUUGAUGAAUUCAUCUGUAUAUGCAUAUUUUCAGUGUAGAGCAAUAACAUGUG